UCUUCAUGUAUACACUAAAAUAUCUACAAACUCAUGAAUAUCUCCUGGAUGUGGAUCUAUGGAGACUUUUUGCAAACCUGGAGGAGUUAAGUCAGACAAGCUUUCGUUUUGUGACCAGUCUUUUUGCCAUCAUCAAAGACUACAUCGAUGCUUCUGAGACUUCACCAUCCAUGGACUUCAUUUCUGUGCUCACGAAGUAUUUCCGAGGGAGCCUCUGUCAGAGCCACCAGACCUACUGCCUGAAUUACUCAGCCGCUGUCUUUUAUCUUGAGAGCCUGAGGCAGAGAGAGGACUUCGGAAUAUAUUUAAAAUGGUGUGAGCAAAAUGAGCAGUGCAGACGCCUUCACCUGCCUGAGCUGCUAGUGGCCCCACUACACAGGCUGACUCGCUAUCCCUUGUUGCUGAAGAAUAUCUGGAAAAGGAGUACAGACUCUACUGAGAAACUCUUGAUCUACUCCAUGAAGGAAAAGGUGGAAAAGUCAAUCCGGGAUCUUGAAGGAAAAGUGAAGUGGCUUGAUAAUUUCCAAAAGUUUAGACAUCUACAGGAGAUUAUAGUGUGGCCUCCACUUUGGGAUAGAGAUAAAAGGUUUUUCAUUCCAGAGUGCCUGAAACACGUUUUUAAGGAACAGAUGGCAGAAAACAUCCUGUCGCCAACCAACAGACACCUUCUCCACGAGGGAAAAUUAACUCUCGCAGAAAGUACAAGAUUCCUAGAUGUUUAUCUGUUUCUCUUUGAUGAUUUCCUCCUAGUUACGAAAACUAAGCGCAACAAAAAGAAAGGUGGAGGUUCAGACACCAGUUUAAUAUACCCUUCACUUACUGCUGAGCUGCAAACAGUAAUAAAAGAGGGUGGUUCCUGUAUGGUCCUCGAUCAGCCCAUUCCACUCGACAGAUUGGUAGUCAAAAGUAUUGAUCCACUCCACGUGUCAGUCUUUGGGCUGAGAAACGCUUUCCUUAUUCAACAUGAAAACAGAUAUCGACAGUGCAUAGCAGCGUUCUUAUUACAAGCCCAAACGGAAAACAUCAAAAAAACAUGGAUUACACAAAUAACAGCAGCAAUCUCUUGCUUCACCAAGAAUCAGGAAAUCAAGAAAAUAUCUUUAUUCACCUCGCCUGUAGAAUCCCCUGAAAUUUAGGGACUUUAAACAAUCUUUUUAGACACGAGGGAUUAAGGUAUUCUUUCAUGCAAACUUUCGUUAACACUUAAUGAUGAGAUAGAAGGAAAUGUGUAUUUUAAAGGAGUUCCAGAAUUUGAGAAUUUGAGCUAGGAAAAUCUUCAGUCUAGAGGAAUAAUGACUGCAACAAAUUUGAACUUGGAGGAAUUUCUCGGCAAGUGUGUACUGAUAUCCAGAUUACCUUACAAUGUUUCAAUUAGGCUUACAAGAGGUGUGAGUGAAGGGUGGUGCUAUUAUAUUUGUAUACGGUUAAGCAAUCAGAUAAAUGGGAGUGGAGGAGGGAAACGCUGCUUGUGUCCAAUAUAAAUUACAGAAUCUUUGUGUAUAUCUAUAAUGAACUCAACUUUCCUGCGUGGCUUGUAAAUCAGUCUUGCUGCUUUACAGUCCUACCUCACACAUAAUGAUAAUUCUUUUGAUACAAGUUUGAUUGCUAUUUUAAUAUAUUAAACAAUAAAUGAGGUCUACAUUUUAAUAGCAGUUUUGAAAUUCCUAUUCUCCAACAGUUUACUUACCUCAGGUAUAAUUCAUAAUACUCUAACAUGGAAGUAGAAAAUCCCAAUGACUAAAUUCCAUUAUUUUAAGAAAGAAAAAGCAAAUAUUUGUUCGUUUCACAAGUUAACACUUGUGCAUGGGGUAUUAUAUUAGGAAUAGUAAGAUACAUUUCGCUAUACCUCACUUUUUGAAGAACGAUGGAGUUUGGCAUAAAACUACUUUCUGGUUUGGGGUGUUUAUGUGUGUGGUUUAACAUAGUACAGCCACUUAAUUUUAUUAGGCAGGACUUGAAACGUCAUUAGAAUUUUUAUUAAGAAAGGCAGCUUGAAGUAUUAUGUUAUCAUGAUGGAAUAUACUAUUAACUACAUUUAAGGAACCAGUUCUUAUGGUCAGGUUAUAUCAAAUGGAAAUUCACAAAUUUCAAUUUCAGCCAUGGUACCUUGUAGUCAAUAUAUCACCUUGGGCUGCAAGACAAAUGAUACCUUAACUGAGCUCUUUAAGUUGGAGAAGGGGAUAGAGAGGAUGAAGCUUGAGGAAGUCAUGUGUACAGUUAAUUCUUUGAGGAAAAUGCAAAUUUCACCAUGCAAACCAGGCAGUACAGACGAGUACUGCACCAGGGCUCUUGUGCAAAGGCCGAGCGCUGUUCUAACGGAGGGUCAUAGUCUCUGUGUGAUACCGGACACUUACAGGAGUAAGUGAAGAUAGAAGGAAAAUCUGGAAAGCCAUAACUACUUUUAAUAUCUAAAAAUAACUGAAAAAAAGAGACAAAGAAAGGGAGAAGAGACUUCAAAUGAAUUCUUAGAGAUGGGACUUGGAUGAGAUUGAAAACAAUUCAUGUUUAGGAGAAGACAAAACAGACUUAUUCAAGAGAAGAUUCAGAGAAAACAUUCUGGUCAAAAAAUAGCGCGCGCGCGCGCG